UGUUCAACGUCGAGGGAAAGUCUUGGGAUUUUCACUUUCUUUGCACCUUCUUAUUCAUCAUCUUCUUCUUAUAUAUUCUCUGCUUGUUAUUGUAUCUUAUAUUGUCUUCGAUUAGUUAAAUCAAAUUCUGGUCAGAGCUUUGGACCCAGGAAAAUGAAGAAAGUCGUGUUAAAGCUGAAUUUGCAUGAUGACAAACAAAAACAGAAGGCCAUGAAAGCAGUUUCCAGCCUUUCAGGCAUUGAUUCAAUUGAAAUGAACAUGAAGGAUCAAAAAAUGACAGUAAUUGGUGAUGUAGACCCGGUGGAUAUUGUGAAAAAGGUAAAAAAGUAUUGGCACACAGAAAUUUUGACUGUUGGGCCUGCAAAAGAGGAGAAGAAGAAAGAAGAUGAGAAGAAGAAGGAAGAGCCGUGGAAAUUUUACUGUCCUCCCACACACUAUGUCAUGCCCCAUCCAGAAGAUCAGUACCAAUACAAUUGUGUCAUAUGCUGAUUUGUGAGCCUUGAAGGAACAGCUGAGAAAUUGAAUGCUUUGGUGAUGAAAUUGAUAUGUUUUAAGACAUAUGUUUAAUUGGGAUUCCUAUUGAAAUCCAAUGUUGCAGACUACAGGAAGUGGUGUAUAGAUUUC